GAAGUCAUAACUUCCUUAAUUUAUUCGUUAUUUGCAAAGGUAAUUACAUGCAUAAAUAUGAAACAUUCAUUUUUACAAAUAUAUUUGUGUGUGUAUUUGAUAUAAAUUUCUUUUGAGUGCAGUUUUAUGCAAGUAUGUUCUAAAUAUUUCCUCAUAAUAACUUCACUCCUGCCUUCGACUUUAUUUUCCAAUUGCAGCAUUUUUCUGGAGAUGCUUUUAGAAAAUUUUAUUUUUCUAUUUUUUUGUAUCCCGAUAUUUUGUUUUGACGAUUUAUCCUCUGGUCAUCAAGCCCAACAAUUUGAAACAUGGGCGUGUGUGUCCUCAACUUGCCAUCUUUAUCAAGCACAGAAUGCAGUGGACGACGACGUACAGACUUGUAUGAGGACUUCAACUCUUGAAAUCAUGAGCAGUAAUAAAUCUAAGCAUUACACGUGGUGGUAUGUCGACCUAGGGGAUAUAAAGAGUGUAUACAAUAUUAGGAUUCAAUUCAAGGAUUAUGGAGCAACUUAUGAGAAUAGACAGAGGGGUCGUUUUGCGGGAUUUUCUCUGUUUUUGUCCAAUACAACAAGAAAAGAAGAAGGUCAACAAUGUUACAUAAACGGCCCUGAAUUACCUCCCCUUGAUUUUAAUACAACAUGUAUAGGUCACGGGCGUUACGUCAUCUAUCACAAUGAGAGACUUCCGGGAAAAGUUUACCCUCAAGGAUAUGAAGUAAACUCCGUAACAGAGCUUUGUGAGGUCAGAGUUCAAGGAUGCAGUACAAAAGGACAAUAUGGAGUGAACUGUUCCCUAAAGUGCUCAGGAAAUUGUCAGGAAAAUAGAUGCAGCAUUCUUAGCGGGACUUGUCUUGGCUGCAGAGAUGGAUGGCUCGGUCCGUACUGCGGAAAGAAGUGUCAAGAAAGGUAUUAUGGACCGAGUUGUAAAAGGACGUGUGUUGGACACUGCAGGUACAAUGAGACCUGUAAUCACGUGACAGGGUUGUGUACAGAAGGUUGUGGUGAGGGAUGGACAGGAGAACUCUGUAAUAAGGCAUGUGUGACAGGACAUUAUGGGAACAACUGCAUGCAGAAAUGCAGCGAGCAUUGUCUAAAUGGUGAAACUUGUAACAGAUUCACAGGGAUCUGUAAUAGUGGAUGUGCAAUCGGUUAUUAUGGGGUUCGCUGUGAUGCUGUGUGUCCACCUGGAUUCUUUGGAGUAAAUUGUGAGCAGAAAUGCAAUACAAACUGCAAGAAUACAUCCGACUGUAAUCCUUUCAGUGGGCAUUGUACGUCGGGCUGUAAAGUUGGGUACAUGGGAUCAUUUUGUAAUGAUGUGUGUUCGGAGGGAUUUUAUGGGCAUAACUGUGCAAGAAGGUGCAGCGCUGCAUGCAUGAACAUUUCAUGCGAUCAUCAAAAUGGGCAAUGCAAGUAUGGCUGUAAACCGGGGUACACCGGGUAUAACUGUUCUCAAGCAUGUUUACCUGGGAGAUUCGGAGCGGGCUGUUUACAUUAUUGCAGUAAUCACUGUAAAAAUAAUGACGCAUGUCAACAUGUGGAUGGAUCAUGCAGGAAAGGUUGUUCCAGUGGAUAUAGGGGAUCGCAGUGUAAUUUACCUUGCAAGCCUGGAUUUUAUGGUUUGAACUGUUUAACUGGUUGUUCGAGUAGGUGUCUAGAAACAUGUUAUCACGUGGACGGAACAUGUUUAUGUAAAGAAGGCUGGAAAGGUUCCCCCUUGUGUAAUACAGAGUGUCCACCAGGUAAAUAUGGAAUUAAUUGUGGGAACACCUGUAGCGGAAAUUGCGCGGAAGGAGAUAUCUGUGACAAUAUUAACGGAAGUUGUGCAAGAGGUUGUAAAGAAAAAAUUACCGGAGACAAAUGCAAUGAAUGUGAAUUCGGGUAUUAUGGUGAGAGUUGUUGUCAUGAGUGUACCGGAAAUUGCGCUUUUAAUGAUACAUGUAAUCAAACAGACGGUGAUUGUCCACGAGGCUGUAGUGUUGAUUUCACUGGAAAUAAAUGCGAUCAAAUGCGCUUAGACUCUAAAAUGGUUUUCCCAUUGAAAAUCUGCAGCAGUUUGAACCAAUGUAACACGAUGGUUAAUGUAUCAAUUGUUGUCAUAGCCUUCGUUUUGUUAGCAAUACUUGUCUCCCUUCCUAUACGCAAAAUAAGAAAGCAUAAAAGAAAACCCGAUUAUGAAAAAUACGAAGAAACGAUGGGAUCACCAUCACAGGAGUUAACAGAUAAUAUAAUAGACGAAAGUCACGGUUAUCAAGAGAUAGAAAUCAAGACAAAUAAUGCCUACGAACCCAUAUUUUAUGAAAACAAAAAGAGAUAGCUUUAGCAAUGCUUAAGUAUGGAUUUGUGGAAUUAUUUUCCGAUGCACAAAAGUUUUUUAACCAGAAAGUUUUCUAUUUGACUCGAUGAGAUUUGUUGAAAUGAACCAGUGUGACAUAAGUUAUUUUUAACUUUUACUUCAAAAUUUAAGAUAACGGUAAACCUGUCUUGUGUG